AAGAAUGGUGGAACAACUCCUUCAUUUAUCAAGUCUAUCCCCGUAGUUUCAUGGACAGCGAUGGGGAUGGAACUGGGGACCUGAAUGGCAUCACUAGCAAGCUGGAACAUUUUGCGGAUUUGAACGUCUCCGCAAUCUGGAUUUCUCCCAUUUAUGUCAGUCCAAUGGCGGACUUUGGAUACGACAUCUCAAAUUAUACGGACGUCGAUCCAGUCUUCGGAACGAUUGAGGACUUUACCAAUUUGACCACGAAAGCCAAAUCUUUGGGCAUCAAAGUCCUGUUGGAUUUCGUGCCAAAUCACUCUUCGGACGAGCAUCCCUGGUUCAAACAAUCUGUCCAACGAGUCAAGCCAUAUGAUGACUACUACGUCUGGUUGGAUGGAAAGCUGGUCAAUGGAAGCUACCAGCCGCCCAAUAACUGGCUGAGUGUGUUUGGAGGAUCCGCUUGGGAAUGGAGUCCCGUGAGGCAGCAGUACUAUCUCCAUCAGUUCACUCGAGGCCAGCCGGAUUUCAAUUUUACGAACCCGUCGGUUCUUAUGGAGAUGGAGAAGAUUUUGAUUUUUUGGAUGGAUCAUGGGGUAGACGGAUUCAGAAUGGAUGCGGUCAAUUACUUGAUUGAAGAUGAGCGGUUCCUGGAUGAGCCGGCUAGUGGAGCUAAUGUUCCAGCUGAUGACUACGAGAGCUUGGACCAUGUGUACUCUAAAGAUAUGGAUCAAACAUUUGUGAUUCUAAAAGCCUGGCGCAAACGAAUUGAUGCUUAUAGCAAGAAAGGUAAGGAACAGAAACUGAUUUUAACUGAAGCCUACGCAGAUAUGGAAAGCAUGAAGCGGUUCUAUGAAGCGGGAAGUGAUGUUCCUAUGAAUUUUAUGUUCAUCGGACCUUUGAAUGCUAAUUCCACAACCAUGGAAUUCAAGAGGGCGAUCGACUCCUGGCUGGGGAUGGUCCCGAAAGGGCAUGUGGCCAAUUGGGUCGUUGGCAAUCAUGACAACUCGCGGGUCAGCAACCGGUUUGGGGCAGGCAGAGCUGAUCAAUUGUCGAUGCUGGCCGCUGUGUUGCCUGGUCUCGGGAUCAUUUACUACGGAGAUGAAAUCGGAAUGACUGAUCGUGAGAUGACUUGGAACGAGACCGUUGAUCCCGCGGGCUGCAACGCGGGUCCCGAGAGGUUCAUGCUCAAAUCAAGGGAUCCUGAGCGAACUCCAUUCCAGUGGGAUGAUUCCAUGAAUGCUGGUUUCUCGACGGCCAACGAAACUUGGCUGCCGGUAAAUGAUAACUACAAGCAAAUUAAUUUGGCCAAACAGAAAAUGGAGGAUGUCAGCCAUUACAAGUUGUUCAAGCAGCUAGUAAAGCUCAAGAAGACUCCGGUGGUAGCCACAGGAACUACCGAAGUCAUUUUGGUGACGGAGAAUGUUCUUGGAGUGAUCAGAAAGCUGCCAGAUGUGAAACCUGUUGUUUUGUUGGUUAAUUUCAAAAAUGAAACAGUGGUCGUUGAUGCCAGGACCUGGAUGAAUAUCCCAGCUGAGUUGACGGUUUUCGCGGGAAGUAUUGGGUCUGGUAUACCCUCAGAAGUUAUCAUGGAUACCACAGAAAUUUAUUUACCAGCGGAAGCUUCAGUUAUUCUUUAUUGAGGUUAUGGUGAAUUACUUAGUAACUAAUGUUGUAAUUAUUUUUUUUGUGUUUAUUUUAUUUGUGAAAUAAUUAUUUUUGAA